AUGAAUAAAAAGAUAGUACUUGUAACAGGAUGUUCAUCAGGGAUAGGUAAAUCAUUUGUUAGAGAGUUGGGGUCAAGAAGAGAUUACAAAGUAUAUGCAUCAGCAAGAAACUUGGAUUCAAUUAGAUCAUUAGAGAAUGAAGGUUUUGAUAUCGUUGAAUUGGAUGUAACAAAGAUAGAAUCAAUUGAAAAGGCUGUAAACUUUAUCAUUGAUAAAGAAGGUAGAAUUGAUUUAUUAAUUAAUAAUGCUGGAAUAAGUGAUUAUUCACCAUUGGUUGAAUUGAAUAAUCAAGAUGCACAUAGAAUCAUGGAAACUAAUUUCUUUGGUACUGUCAAUACAACCAAUGCAGUUGCAAAACAUAUGAUUGCUCAAAAGAGUGGUGUCAUUCUUUGUGUUGGUAGUAUUGUUGGUUUGACAUCAACUCCAUUUGCUGGAAUGUAUUGUGCUUCAAAAGCUGCUGUUCAUUCUUGGUCUGAUUCAUUAAGAUUAGAAUUAAUACCAUUUAAUAUUAAAGUGGUAGUUGUAAUGCCUGGGUCAAUUACAUCAGAGAUAUCAAAUAAUGCCAAACCACAACUUGAACAAUUAUUAUCAAAGGGAUCACUAUACGAUCGCAUCAAAGGUUAUUUGAUCGAACGUUCAACAGCUUCACAAGAUGGAGCCAUCUCUUCGGAAUCAUUUGUCAAAUAUACAUUGGACAAGACAUUGUCACCAAAACCACCAGCUAGUUUCUCGUACGGUCCCAAUUCAUUCACUUUUAAUCUCCUAUACUAUCUACCAAAAUGCAUCACUAUUGCUAUCUUUUCUCGUAGAUUUGGUUUAAUUAAAUUAAAAGAAUUGUAUUCACAUCACAUGAUGAGUAGUCUAUUAAAGUUAUCUAAUCUAUUAUUAUUAUAUAUUAUAUCAUCUAUUGACAGUAAUGGAGAUAUAAUAUGUUUAUUGCUGACUUGUAAACAUUUGUAUCAUAAUAUUGGUUUAAGAAGAUCAGUUCAGUUUAAAGGGAUAAGAGUUAUCGAUACUGACAAGAAAGAGGUAUCAAAACAGUUUAAAGCAACAUCUACUCUUUUUAAACUAUUAUCAUUUAAAGAUAUAUUGGAGAAUAGUAUAUCACAUCAACAGAUCGUUUUGUCUUCUGAUCUGUUAAAACAAGAUGACAAAGACUAUCCUGAUUGGGUGAAGCAACGUAUCACUUUGGAGAAUAGACAAAAUAAGAGUAACAUUACAACUGCUUUGGUAAAGAAUGCACCAAUAUCACAAACACUCUAUGACAUACAAUCAAUAGAGACACUAUUCAUCUAUCAUCAAUACCCAGAGUAUGGUAGUACAUUGGAUCUUGGCUCCGUCUCACUCUUUCAACAUCUCCAACGUCUUUCAGUUUGUGCAUACGGGUUGAUUCUUGGUACUCAUACAACACUCAAGUCACUUGAAUUAAGUAUCACUACUGAAUGCCCACUCGCAGACUUGGAACUCACCAAAUUCGUAUCUCUGACAAAACUGAUCUUUAACAAUCCUUUUGUCACAGAUAUAGGACCAGGUCUAUUUCCAAGUAGUCUAACAUAUCUAAAUAUAAGACCAAAGGAAAUACCUCCAAGAGAUACAUUCCUUUCAUUGACAUCACUAGUGUACCUCAAGAUUGGUCUGUAUCACAGUCAAUCCAUCAAAAGUGAACAAGACCAACAACAACAACAACCAUUCAUCGAUCUCGACGGUCUAUACAACCUAAAGACACUCAUGAUCGACGAUGACAGCUUUCCACCAGAGAACAAAAACUAUUACAUCGAGAUGAGUGUUCCUCCAUCACUCACCAUUCUUAACCUCUUGUCAGUGUGCAUAAAGAUCCCAACUCGAUGUACAAUGCCACUGUUGGAGAAAUUGGAUGUACAACUAAAUGUAUUGAUUGAUGGUGGUGGUAAAAUCAAUCUAGUUUCACAGUGCAAAUCUCUCAAGAAAUUGGUUAUUCAUAAUUGUAAUCAACCUAUUCCACCCAUGAUCAUUCCAUCCAAUGUCGAAAAGUUAUCUAUAUAUAAAUUCACAAAAAAAUCUUUAUUCUCCCAAGUUGUAUUACCACCAUCACUCACUCAUCUAUCAGUCUUUGGUAACUUUGAUGAACAUGGGUUUAAACUACCUGAUUCACUUGUCAAACUAAAGUUGAUGAACAAUCAAGUUGCAUUCCCAUCACUUCCUCAACAAUUAAAAAAACUGGUUUGGAUAGGCAAAACACCAAAUUUGGUUUAUCCAUCCGACUACCCACCAAAUAUUGAAACAGUCAAACUAACCAACAUGGCUGUUGCCCUAACAAUAGACAACAUACCACCACCCACUAAAUAUCUAUCACUCAUUUUGAACAAAGACCUUAAAAUGACACCAAAGGGACUUUCAAUCUUUUCAAUAGGUUCAAGGUUAAACAAAAAAAUAAUAGAUUCCAACCAACCACAACAACAACAACAAUGGUUGCCAUACAAUACUACACAUCUAACAUGUGAUCUUUGUGGAGCUUCUUCAUCAAAGGUUGCAUUUAGAUUAGAUCAAGUAAUCAACCAUACCAAUGUUAGAAAUCUGUCAAUCUCUGCUUAUGGUUUUACAUCUUGUAGAGAUAUAUUAAUUCAAAGAUUAGACCCAGAUAAUAGAAAAGUAUUGGUAUUGGAAUCACAUACUCUAGCAGGUGGAAUAAUCACUCAAAGAAGAAAAACAAUCAAUAAUAAUAAUCAACACCAACAACAACAAUAUGAUCCAAUUUAUUUAUAUUUAAAUAUUAGUAUUAUAUCUCCAUUUCAAUUGGAUUGGGGAUUCUUAGAUGACAACCAAAUUAAGAACCUUUGA